CCAUUGAGGAACACUGGCUUUUAUCAUCGAAUCCCACCACCAGCCAUGUAUGGUGGAUGGCACACAGUGACUAUGAUUCCUGGAGACAACCUCAGACCCGAACUUAUGGUGCACGUCAAGACUGUGUUCUCACACACGUGCAUGCCUGUAGACUUCAAGGAGGUGUGGGUGACCUCUACUUGUUGUUUGGGGGAAAUUUGCAAUGCUAUUCUGGCAGUCCGUCGAAACUCUGUGCCUCUAAAGGGCACGACUACACCCAGCCACCUUCUACAAUCCUACAACAACAUGUUGCAUACUACCCGAGAUCUCUAUGCCAGUGUUACCCAUUUUAAGAAUCUGCCCAACGUGGAAACCCGUCACCAGGGCAUAGACAUCUUGGUUAUUUGGGAGAACACAGAGGGUGAGUACAGCAACCUAGAGCAUGAAAGUGUAAAAGGAGUGAUUGAGGACCUAAAGAUCAUUACAAAGGCAGAGUCUUGGCGCAUUGCUGAAUAUGCCUUCCAGGUGGCCCAGAAGAUGGGGCGCAAAAAAGUGACAGCUGUGCACAAGGCCAACCUUAUGAAACUAGGAGACGGACUCUUUCUCCACUGCUGCAAGGAGGUGACAUCCCGCUAUCCUCAUGUCACCUUAGACAGCAUGAUUGUGGAUAAUGCUACGAUGCAGCUGGUGGCCCGACCUCAACAGUUUGAUGUCAUGUUGAUGCCCACUUAUGGCAACGUUGUCACCAGUAUCUGCACAGGCUUGUUCGGAGGAUCAGGCCUUAUACCUGCAGCCAACUAUGGCUGCGUAUGUGCAGUAUUUGAGACAGUAUCAAGGCAGUUGAACAAGAAUCCAGAUGAUAAGAAGGCCAAUCCUACUGCCAUGCUGCUAACAAGUUGCAUUUUGCUGGAUUACCUCAAACUCCACUUCUGUGCCACCAGGAUUCAUACUGCAGUCUUGGCAUUCUUAAGCAAUAAAAAUAUUCAAACACUGGACAUUGGAGGGCAGGGUACCACAGUGGAAAUAAUUCAGUACAUCAUGGAUCACCUCCAAAAUCCAAUUAAAUGAUCAGUGCCUUGAAAGCCAUUAUUACCCAAAGUCUUUUCUGUCCUGUUCUUUCCUCACAUUGUCC